AAAUUCGUCGGUGCCUGCAAACGGUCACAAACAGAUAUGCUGAAGUCCCUCCUUGUCGUGGGCCUUUUGGCCGCUGUUUGCUUUGGACGCGAGAUUCAUCCUAAGAAGUGGCACCCACUCUCCGACCAAAUGAUCAACUUCAUCAACAAGAUCAACACAACUUGGAAGGCAGGAAGAAACUUCGACAAAUCCAUCUCCAUGAGGUACAUCAGGGGUCUGAUGGGAGUGCACCCCAAAAGCAAGGAGUACCGCCUGGCAGAGUUCGUGCACGACGAGAUCCCAGACGACCUCCCGGAAAGCUUCGAUGCACGGGAGAAGUGGCCCCACUGCAACUCAAUUCACCUUAUCCGCGACCAGUCCACCUGCGGUUCCUGCUGGGCCUUUGGCGCCACGGAGGCGAUGUCAGACCGUGUCUGCAUUCACAGCGAAGGAAAGGUUCAGGUAGACAUCUCAGCCGAAGACCUCCUGGACUGCUGCCAUUCCUGCGGUUACGGCUGCAACGGUGGGUACCCUGCUGCGGCCUGGGAAUACUGGAAGCAGAGUGGACUCGUCAGUGGUGGCCUCUACGGCACCACUGACGGCUGCAAGCCUUACUCUCUCGCCCCCUGCGAACACCACAGCAAGGGCUCUCUGCCCAAUUGCACCGGAACCGUGCCCACGCCCAAAUGCGUGCAUCUCUGCAGGAAGAACUACGGCAAGGACUACCAGGAUGACAAGCACUUUGGCAAAAAGGUCUAUACCAUCUCCAGAAACGAGAAACAAAUCCAGACCGAGAUCUUCAAGAACGGACCUGUGGAGGCUGACUUCAACGUUUACGCCGACUUCCUGAGCUACAAAUCUGGCGUGUACCAGCACCACAGCGGUUCCGUAGUCGGAGGCCAUGCUAUUCGCAUCCUCGGAUGGGGCACAGAGAACGGCACCCCUUACUGGCUCGCGGCCAACUCCUGGAACGAAGACUGGGGCGACAAGGGUUAUUUCAAGAUUCUUCGUGGGAAGGACGAGUGUGGAAUUGAAGACCAGAUAAACGCCGGUAUCCCCAAGAAUGAACAAGUUUUCAGAACUAUUUCGAGGGUAAAACGAUUUUGAGACUCAGAGCGGUACGCUGUGUAUUAGCUAUCAUAGAAUGAUAGAUUCGCGGGAUCUUUUUUUCGCAAAUAUUUUGCAUUCUGGAAAUUCGGCCAAUUCGGGUCCUCGCGAAAAUAAGGUCGUUUUCAGUAUUUCAUUUUGAGAUAAGGUGUGCAAUUACGUGAGCGUAAUUGCACACCUUUAUUUUCGUUUAAUUUUUUGUUCACUUUCCUUCAAUUCUUUGAAGUUCACGGUCGUAGUGUCAUGGGCAUUUCAUAAAUGUUCGUUGCUCAUUGAAAGAACUGUGUGUGUCUGUGUUCGUCCUCCAUGUGUUUUAUUAUUUCUGUGUAUUCUGUAGUUUUCAACGCGCUCUGCUACGUGUUCGUGAGCGUGCCUUCGAUUCCGCUUCUUGAUGAAGAUGUAGCAUUCAUGCGUGAGUUCGACAGGUUCCCACAACUGUAGAGGGUGAAAUUAAUGCCGUGUUUCUAUCCUUCUCACUAUUUUCAUCUACAACUUCGGCCUAUAUUUGUUUCCCAAAUAAACACUUUUUCAGUCUGUA